AUGUUUCAGAACAGUGUCUUUGGGUAUUUGGUCACGGGGACUGUAAAAAAUACAGUUUCUUACAAUUUUACUGGUCUUACUCGUAUUUCUGAAGAGGAUUCUUUAGAACAUUCUAUCAAAAAAUUCUUUGAACUUGAAUCCUUUCAAGGAGAUGAUACAAAUGACGAUUCUCAAAUAUUUGAAAGAGAAUAUUGUGAGCAACAUUUUAUGGCCACUCACAAGCGCAAUGACACUGGAAGAUUUAUUGUUAGAUUACCCAUUAAGGAAGGCAAACGUUCUAGUUUAGGAGAAUCUAAAUCAAUGGCGGAAAGACGUCUAAAUUCGCUCUGGAACAAAUUGGACAAAAAUCAAAUUAUGUCCGUUUUAUAUACGGCAUUCAUGGAUGAAUAUUUUGCGUUAAAUCAUAUGGAAAAGGUUACUUCAGAUUGUGAGAACUGUAGUGAAAAUUAUUACAUCCCACAUCAUGCAGUAUUCCUACCAGAAGGCCCUACUAUCCCUCUUCACGUCGUGUUUGAUGCAUCAGCUAAGUGCGCAAAUGGAGUAAGUCUCAAUUCCUUAUUACUCAAUGGUGUAACUGUGCAACAAGAUCUAUUCUCAAUAGUAACUCGUUUUUGA